AUGCCCAUUGAAUUUCUAGCUGAAUAUGAUCGUAGCGGUCGUGCCAGUUGUAAAGGAUGCAAACAAAAACUAGAAAAGAAAGCUUUACGUAUUGCUAAAGUUGUAGAAAACCCUUUUGGAGAUACAGGGGAGACCAUGAAACAAUGGCAUCACCCGAAAUGCAUCUUUAAUUCCUUCAUAAGAGCAAGACCAGCUACAAAAAUUAUUCAAACUGUGGCAGAUAUUGAUGGAUACGAUGACUUGGAGGAUGAUGAUCAAGAAUCAGUGUCACAAAUGAUAACCGAUUGCUUGAAAGAGCGUGGUAAUAAACAAUCGAAAAAGAAAAUGGUUCAACAAUCUAUACCCUUUGCUAAAGCGUAUCAUAGCUCAACUUCCAAUAAUAACAAUAGCCAAGAUGACAAUUCCUUCCAGCUCUUUACAAGUUUGUGCGAUAAAAUCGGCAACGUUGGUAGUUAUUUAGCCAAGACUAAAGUUGUUGCAGAUCUGCUAAAAAUGGGCAGUAACGGAAAUGGCUAUGAAGGAGAUAUUUAUUUACUUAUGAAGCUUUUACUACCUGGUAUUGAAAAACGUGUUUACAACUUGCAGAGCAGACAAUUAAUCAAGCUUUUUAGCCAGAUAUUUGUAUGUGAUUACGACGAAAUGCUCGAGGAUUUAGAUAAGGGAGACGUUGCCGAAACAAUUACGGAUUUCUUUGCCAACAAUACGGCUGUAGCGCCGUUAAAUCGAAGUCUUUUAACUAUGCAAGAGGUUGACGAUCUAUUAGAUGAAUUGAGUAACGUAACUAAAGAAGAUAUGCAACUUAAAGUGUUGAAAAAAAUUGCAAGAAGAUGUACUACAGAAGACUUAAGGUACAUUAUUAGGCUUAUCAAACAUGAUCUAAGAAUCAACGCUGGCUCUAGGCAUAUAUUGGAUGCUCUUGAUAAGAAUGCUCAUGCAGCAUAUCAAGCUUCCAGUGAUUUACGUGAUGUUGUAGAUCGAUGUUUAGCACGAAAGACUGAUAGGAAUAAUGAUGAUGACGAUGGAGCACCAAAAUUGAAACGAGAUCUUAGUAUACGCGCUUCUUUAAUGACUCCUGUCAGGCCGAUGUUGGCAGAAGCAUGUAAAUCGAUCAAUACUGCAAUCAAAAAAUGUCCAAAAGGAAUGUUUGCCGAGAUCAAAUAUGAUGGCGAAAGAGUACAGAUUCACAAAAACGGACAACAAUUUGAAUAUUACAGUCGAAGCUUGAAACAAGUUAUGCCACACAAGGUUAAGGACAUAAAACAAUAUCUGCCGCAAGCAUGUCCGCAUGGUAAUAGUAUCAUCCUGGACAGUGAGGUAUUACUAGUCGAUAAAACUGGCAAGCCUUUACCAUUUGGGACUCUUGGAGUUCACAAGAAACAAAAUUUUUCGGACGCUACCGUUUGCUUGUUUAUUUUCGACUGCCUGCAUUUCAAUGGUAAAGAUUUGAUGCAAACACGGAAGAUAUUAGAAAGCAAUGUCCAGGAGAUUCCUGGUCGGAUAAUGUUAUCAGAGAAGAAACUUGUUCAAAAGGAAAAUGAACUUACGGGAUUAGUUUCACGAGUAAUUAGAGAGGGCUUGGAAGGUCUUGUAUUAAAAGAUGUGGAGAGCGUAUAUGAACCAGGAAAGAGACAUUGGCUAAAGAUAAAAAAGGAUUACCUAGCUGAAGGAAGUAUGGCAGAUAGUGCCGAUCUUGUUGUGCUUGGAGCAUACUACGGUACCGGAAAUAAAGGUGGAGUUAUGUCGGUCUUCUUGAUGGGUACAUAUGAUGAAAGAUCUGGUCGUUGGCGUACCGUUGCCAAAUGCGGUAAUGGCCAUGAUGACAAAACUUUGGAUAAAAUUAACAAAGAACUAAGCGUUGUUAAAAUAAGCAAGGAUUUUUCGAAGGUUCCUGGCUGGUUAAAUGUUCAUCGUAGCUUGGUUCCUGAUUUUAUUGUAACUGAUCCCAAGACAGCGCCCGUAUGGGAAAUUACUGGUGCUGAAUUUAGUCAGUCUACUGUUCAUACAGCUGACGGUAUUUCUAUUCGCUUUCCACGAGUUACGAGGAUUCGCGAUGAUAAAGAUUGGACAAAUGCUACCAAUUUAGAUCGCUUAAAGACGUUGUACGAAAAUUCCAAAGAUGCUUCAGAUAUUGCAGAUUCUUUACUUGGUGUUAAGAAAGAAGUGGAUGAUGAAGGAGAAUGCAGUAGCAGUAGUAGUCCCGAUAAAACGGUUACCAGAAAGCGUAAAGUAGAAGAGUUAGAGAAAGAAAAAACUACUAUAGCUGAUAAUAAGGUGAUAUCUAAAAUACCUUGCAAGUAUGGUCCUAAUUGCUAUAGGAAGAAUGGUGAACAUCUAGCCAAUUACAGCCAUAAUAAGGAGAAUGGUAAUAGUUCUCCAAAUGCCUGUGGAUCACAGAUUAAACAGGAUGAUUCGUCUAAGUAUAUGACCGCAUCAGAAUUUUGGGACUUUUAUAAGAAAUCGAAACAAUCUUAA